AUGCCAGCAACCCCCUUCUUUUACUUGCACUCAGCUCAAUCACACGGCAACAACAAAGGCCUUGAAAAAGUGAAAAACCUUGUAACAAAGACCGGAGUUCCUUCGACCACAACUUCCCCACACGAAUCCCUCCAAAGAGGCAACUGGGUUAAGCUCAUUUGUGGUGCGAACUUCGAGGAUGUGGUUGAUAUCAGGAAUCUUUCUCUGGUGUACACUCUAGCUGGAGUUGAUUACAUUGAUUGCGCUGCCGAUGCAUCGGUGGUGAGUUUGGUGAAUGAAGGGAUUGAAGCAGCAAUAGGUAUUGUACCCGUUAGAAGGCCUUGA